AUGAAGGAAGCGUCGCCAAAGUUUGAGGUUUGGGUCAGCGAGGCCCUGAACAAGUACGCCGCUAGCUUUGCCAAAGAUGGCGCACCGCCGCCGGUGGCCGAGCCGCCAAAGGAGGAGGUUGUGCGGGUCGAAGAGGCGCCAAAGGAAGUGGUCUACAAAGGAGACCCGAAGGAGGUUCAGGAGCUAAAGCGUAUCACGCAGAAGCAGCAGGAAGAGAUCUCGAAACUCCUCCUCACCAUCGACGAGCUGCGGAAGCGCAUGGAGAACAUCAAGGUCGUGUCGCUGGACGCUGGUCCUGGUGUAGCUGGCACUGUCGACAACAUCAUGGAGAAAGUGGGCCUCAAGGACAUCAUGGAAGCCGGGAUGACGCGGAACCCACCGGUGCUGAAGGGUGUCUUUGAACGCCUCUACUCCGACGCCAUCCAGCGCAUUCAGAGGUAUGGGCUAAUUCGGCAGCAGAUGCUGCUGGCCAACAAGGCCUACGCAGCUGUGGUAGAGGCCGUUGCUUCCGAGCAGGAGGAGCCGCGAAUGCCCGACUUUGAGCGGCUGAAUGACACCACAGAUGCAACCAUUCGCGGCAUGUGGUACCACACGGAAUACCUUUUCCGCCGUGCCUGCGAAUAUGCCAUGACCCAGGGUGUCGAGGCUUCGCUGGUGAAAGCUCAGCAGAGCCUGGUGUCAGAGUUUGAGGCGCUAGUUCUGAUCUUUUUCUUGAAGGUCUGA